GUUGUGUGCGCACACCUCAGUGGGGGAUUUGGAGAUCCCCCUGCUCAAGGAUAAGUGUAGCUCCGCCACUGGUAGAGAGGGUGAGUUGGAGAAAGAGGAUGAGAGAGCGCGAGAGAGAGAGAGCAAGAGAAAGCGAGAUAAAGCGAGAGUGAGAACGAGAGAGAUUCGCCAUUACUGUUGUGCAGAGGUCCCGUUGACGUCUCGCACAUCCCCCGUAUGGCCUGUGGGAGGCCCAGUCGACGUUUAGUCGGACGCAGCAGCAUCCGCAGCAGUUCAGGCAGAGCGAGUGUGCCAGCGAUCGAGCGCCACCCCCGACGCCCGUCACUGCCCCCGGGUGGAGCGGACGCGAGGACAUCGCCGGACGUGGAAUGAGUGGCUCGAGGACGCGUUUUUUUGGUUUGUUUGUUUUUAAUUUUCUGCGGAGUUGUCCUCUCCGCUUUUGUGCUUUGCAAGGUGGAGACGACGUUUUUUCAACGAGGAACUGGAGCGACCAUGUUGUUCUUCCUACUAGGCAGGUGAUAGGAGGGUAAGCACGCCAGAGGACAGGAAAGGCGGACGGGAGCGGCCGCUCGUCCAAAGCCCCGCACGAAUGAUAUCCUGAGCUCAGCUCUGAGCUGGCGGUGCGCCAGUCGGCGACUAAGAUGGCCAAAAACAAGGAGGCGCGGCCCCCAAGCUUCGCCGUCAGCGUGGUGGGCCUCUCUGGGACGGAGAAGGACAAGGGCAACUGUGGCGUGGGCAAGUCGUGCCUCUGCAACAGGUAUGUGCGGCCAGACGCCGACGACUACUACUCGGAGCACACGUCGGUGCUGAGCACCAUAGACUUUGGGGGCCGCGUGGUCAACAAUGACCACUUUCUGUACUGGGGUGAGGUGGCCCACCGAGGGGAGGAGGGGCUCGACUGCAAAGUGCAAGUGGUGGAGCAGACGGAGUUCAUCGACGACCAGACCUUCCAGGCGCACCGCAGCACCAACAUGCAGCAGUACGCCAAACGGGCGGCGGCCACCAAGCUCCAGUCGGCCGAGAAGCUCAUGUACAUCUGCACCGACCAGCUGGGCCUGGAGCAGGACUUUGAGCAGAAGCAGAUGCCGGACGGCAAGCUGAGCGUGGACGGCUUUGUGCUGUGCGUGGACGUCAGCAAGGGCUGCAACCGCAAGUUUGACGACCAACUCAAGUUUGUCAGUGGCCUCUACUCGCAAAUGACCAAGUCCAAGAAGCCCGUGGUGGUGGCCGCCACCAAAUGCGACGAGCUGGUCGAGCAGCACCUGCGGGAGCUUCAGGUCUUUGCGGCAAGCAAGAAGAACUUGGUUCUGGUGGAGACGUCGGCUCGCGCCAACGUCAACGUGGAGCUCUGCUUCAACACACUGCUCCAGCAGCUGGACAGAAGCCGGGUCAAGCCCAAAGCCGUGCCCUAUGCCGAGGCCCACAAGGUGCAGAGGCAGCUGGUCGCCGCUGUGACUGACCGGUUCGAGAAGCUGGUGAUGCAGACGGUCAGAGAUUACCACAGCACCUGGAAAGGCGCGCUGAGCGGCGGCCUGAGGGGCCACCCCGACUUUGAGGACUUUGUCGCCCUGGAGGGCUCCAAGAAGGCCCGCAACGCCUUCACCAAGCACAUUGCGCAACUCAAGCGGGAGCACGUGGAGCGGCGCCGCGAGGAGUACCUGGCCACUCUGCCCAAGACGCUGAGCCACCUCCUGGGUCGGUUGGACGAGGUGGAGCACCUGACGUGGGGCGAGGCGCAGAGCCUCAUACGCCAGCGCCCCGACUUCCAGUGCUGGUUCGUGGCGCUGGAGCAGACGCCCUGGGACGAGUCGGACCACGUGGACCACAGCGACCGGCGUAUCCCCUUUGACCUCCUGGCCACGCCUGACGCCGAGAGGAUCUACCGCAACCACGUGCGGCUCCUGCUGUCGGAAAAGAGGAGGGCGGACAUGAAGGAGAGGUUCAAGAAAACGCUGGAGCAGCUCCACUUGGUCGGCGCCGGACAGCCUUGGGAGGAGGUGGCGUGCUUGCUCGCCGAGGACGAAGCCUACAAGUUCAUCGCCGAGUCGGACAGGAGGGACGUCUACGGUCGCCACCAGCAGGAAAUAGUGGAGCGGGCCAAAGAGGACUUUCAGGAAAUGCUUUUCGAGCACGCCGAGCUCUUCUACGACUUGGACUUAAACGCCACGCCCAGCUGCGACAAGAUGAGCCAAAUCCACAGCGUCCUCAACGAGGAGCCCCGGUACCGGGCGCUACAAAAACUGGCCCCGGACCGAGAGUCUCUCCUGCUCAAGCACAUCGGCUUCGUGUACCACCCCACCAAGGAGACGUGCCUGAGUGGCCCCAACUGCGUGGACCUGAAAGUGGAGCAGGUUCUGGCCAACCGGCUGCUCCAGCAGCAGGAGCGCGCCCGCUCCGACCUCUACCGCAACGGCACCGACGUGGACAAGAUCAACCUCUGCCUCCUGGGAAAGGAGGGCCUGGCGCAGGAGCUGGCCAACGAGAUUCGAGCUCAGUCCACCGACGACGAGUACGCCCUGGACGGCAAGCUCUACGAGCUGGAGCUUCUCGCUGUCGAUGUCAACUCCACCUUGCUCUUCAGCCACACCUGGGUGUCCAGCUUCAAGCCGCACGGCUGCUUCUGCGUCUUCAACUCCAUGGAGUCCCUCAAUUGCGUGGGUGACUGCGUGGGCAGGAUCCGAGCCGAAAUGGCCCAGAGCAGGAGAGACAAGUGUGCCGCUCCCCUCCCCUUCAUCCUUAUGCUGGCCAAUCCCAGGGAUGGCGGCGCCUGCAAGAACGUGCCCAUCCUUCGGCACCAGGGCCAGCAGCUGGCCAACAAGCUCCAGUGCACCUUUGUGGACAUCCCCUCGGGCGCUUUUGCACGCAAGUUCACUGAGUCCCAGGUCAAGCAGGGCCUGCGUGGCGUGCUGGACGGGCUCAAGCGCCACUCUGACGUCCUGGCGCCGCCAGCGCUGGCGCCACUGCUACCCUCCUCCGUCAAAGACGCAGCGUCCGAGGCCCACUUGCGGGUGGUUAUGUGCGCCAUGUGCUGGGACCCCUUCAGCGUCGACCUCAUUCUCUCCCCUUUUCUGGAGUCGCGCUGUUGCAGCGCCGGGCAGCCGGGCCGGGCCAACACGCUGCUACUGGACAAGAUUAUCGGCGAGAGCCGGCGCAGGAUCCAAGUCACCGUGCUCUCCUACCACUCCGCCAUCGGUGUCCGCAAGGACGAGCUAGUACACGGCUACAUCCUGGUCUACUCGGCCAAGCGCAAGGCCUCCAUGGCCACGCUGCGGGCCUUCUUGGCAGAGGUCCAGGACGUGAUCCCGGUCCAGAUGGUGGCCGUCACCGACAGCCAGGCUGACUUCUUUGAAAAUGACGACAUCAAGGAGCUGAUGACGGAAGGCGAGCACAUCGCCACGGAGAUCGCCGCUAAGUUCACGGCGCUCUACUCACUGUCGCAGUACCACCGGCAGACUGAGGUCUUUACGCCUUUCUUCAACCAAGUGCUGGAGAAGAAGGCCCACAUCGAGAACGCUUUCAUGCCAGACGGAUCAUCGCGUGAGCGCGCCACCGAGCUUUUCCCCAGCUCGCCGCUCAGCCGCUCGCCGGCCUACGACUCAUACUACCCAGAGUCGGACGAUGACAACGAAGCCCCGCCACCAUACAGCCCGAUUGGCGACGACGUCCAGCUUCUUCCUGCGCCCAGCGAGCGCAGCACCAAAUACCGCCACGUGGACCCGGAGGGCAACGAGUACCCGCUCCAUGGUGGGCCAGCCAGCGAGCACGAACGCAACCACAAAGUGCCGCCGCCCGUUCGGCCCAAGCCGGCUCUCCCCAAGCCCAGCGUGAAAAAGUUGGACCCCAACCUGCUGAAAACCAUCGAAGCCGGAAUGCGAAGCAACCGGCGGAUGCCGCGCGCUCCCCCCUUCAUGCAGCCCAACGACGCCGAGGCCUCGGACGACUACGCUGAUCCCGCCGACGCCCCGCCGCCCAGGGCCUUCCGGCCGGACGAUAUUUACGUGGAGCCGGAUGACGCGCGUGGCCGCCCCGCUAAGCUCCGCGACUCAGAGGACGAGAACGGCUACGAGCGCAAGUCCCGGCCCGGACGGCGGCCCUCCAAGUACAAACACCGCUCAAAAAUCCUCUUCAGCAAGACCAAGGCCUACCAGAGACGCUUCCACUCGGACAGCGACGGCGAGGAGGCAGGCCCCGCCACGCAGAGGAAAAAGAAGGGCCGGGCCCAUCGUGGCAGCGAGGAGGACCCUCUGCUGUCUCCCGCCGACCCUUGGAAGGGCGGCAUCGACAACCCCGCCGUCACCUCUGACCCUGAACAGGAAGACAAGAAGAUGAAGAAGAAGAAGACACACAAGAUGCCAAAGGAAGCCAAGAAGGCCAAGUCGUCCAAGGUGCCCAAGCCGUUGUACCCCCCCACGCGGCGAACGUGGGAGAGCAACUACUUUGGCGUCCCACUGCACAACCUGGUCAGCCCAGAGCGGCCCAUCCCACUCUUCAUCGAGAAGUGCGUCGACUACAUCGAGCGCACAGGUUUGACCACGGAAGGCUUGUAUCGCGUGAGCGGCAACAAGACGGACCAAGACAACAUCCAGAAGCAGUUUGACCAAGAUCCGAGCAUGGACUUCCUGGAGCUGGACGUGGCCAUCAAUGCGGCGGCCGGCGCGCUCAAGGCCUUCUUCGCCGACCUGCCGGACCCGCUUAUCCCGUACGCGCUGCAUCCUGAACUGGUCCAGGCCGCAAAGCUGACAGACUAUGUGGAGCGCCUGCACGUCCUCAAGGAAAUCGUCAGCAAGUUCCCCUCCGUCAACUAUCACGUCUUCAAGUACAUCAUUACUCACCUCAACAGGGUGAGCCAGCACAGCAAGAGCACGCUAAUGACGGCCGACAACUUGUCCAUUUGCUUCUGGCCCACGCUCAUGCGGCCUGACUUUGAGAACAAAGACACGCUGUCCAGCACCAAGCUCAACCAGGCCGUGGUGGAGGCCUUCAUUGUGCAGAGCGAUUUCUUCUUCCACGGUGGCGAUCUAGUCCGCGGCAGCAGCGGUGACGACGGCGGGCCGCCCCCGCCCUGCCGCGACAUGGUGGAGGCCCUGCUGCCUCUGCAGCUGCCGCCCCCCCUGCAACCGCAGCAGAUCCAGCGCGCAGUGCCCCCGGAGCCCCUCGUCUGAGCGCCCUCGAAAAAAUUGGUCGCGUGUGCUUUUCUGCCGCCGAUUGAAAAACGGGCUGCAGGACUGACCCCACUAGCAGAUGGGCCGAUAUCUUGUUAGGUUUUUUUUUUUAAACAAUCAGGGGGAGUCUAAGCAUGCUUCGGGGGGGACAAUGCCCCCGCGGCCCCCCUCUAGCACCGGCAGUGACCGACACCCACUCCCGUUCCCCCGAAAAAGGGUUGAAGUUGCCUGUGGAUGGCAACAAGGCUUUUGCCGAAAUUAGGCUCAACUCACUUCAACAUAGUUCCUGGGCAACAAUAUGCCACAAAACACUGCCAGGUUAGUUUUGCAGCAAAAAGCGGACUUUAAAAAGAGUAACAUUGAAAUACAGUAGCGUAUAGCAGGUCCAAGUGUUCAAAAGGAGGCGGAGCGUUCAUUCUUCAAAAGCAAAUUUCCCAAUAUUGGAUGUUAAGAAAAUUAAAAAGUCAACACAAAUGGUUCAGUCGUCAAAAAGUACAGCUGUCAACACGUUGCAAAAGUCUAACGUUAAAUGCACGUUGGUACCCGAAGAAAUGUAUGCCCAUGCAUAACAAAUGCAUGCACGAAUGCAGUCCUGUGGCCUGAUUUUCAAUUUCCUUAACAAUUUUUUCCCUCAAAGGCAGAAAUUGAGCCAUGACAAACUGAGUCUUUUUUUCUUACUGACUUUGCGUUUUUUGGUUUGCUGAUGCAAAAGGUUGCAAAGGAACAGUUUGUACAUGGAGAUGACUUCACUUUUUUAUUUUUCAGCUUUUUUUGGGGGGGGGGGGGGGGGGUCAACUAUAUGACUUACGUGACGUCCGCCCCCUCCCAAGGCUGAAAAGUCUUCCUCAAGGUCGUCACAUUUCUGCACAAGAGCCUCAGCUCCAUCGCACGCCGCUUUUCAAUCGCUUUUUAUUUUGAUAUCUUUCUAUCAGCUCUCAUUUCUACCCUAUGUAUGCGCGCGAGCACGCGCGUGGAUUUAGGAGGGAAAAUGUAACAUUCAUCGUGUUACAUGUAGAGAAGGGACAAACUGACAAACCACUACAGGACACCGCGUCCGCAUGUUUGCUAUUGAACGAAAACAAAGCAGGCAACCCAUUCAUGUUAUCGUCAGUAAUUCUGUUAAGAAGGGGGGGAGGUUCUUGUUGCUGACAAUGAACUAUUUUGUUUCUUUUGCUUAAAUGUAUAGUUUUCCCCUAAAUAGAGGAAAUAAGUUUAUAAAAGAAUCAUUAUAUAAUAUUCGCUUUGAUCAGCACAAACGCUGCUGAUGGACUUCAGCAACGGAAGGGAAAGCCUGCAAUUCCCUACCGUGUUUGCCCGCACCACGCCCUCCGGCGGUGGGGUGUAAUGCGGGGGUCGUGAAAGCGGAACAAAUGUCCCACGUUGGGGUGCUUGUAGACUUAGUUUUCGUUCAUUUGGGCAGAAGGAAGCACUUUGUGCAAAGACGCAAGACAUCACGGCAAUGUUGGAAUUUGGGUGCGAGCCAAACGGAAAUAUGAAAAUGCGGAGGGGGUGAUGCGAGGCCGGCUGUUUGGACAACAAGCGGCGCGCCCAAAGUGUUGUUGCGCACGAAUGAGUGGCGAGUGAAUGUCAGCGAGCCAGUUCGUGUGAUCAGAUCAGAGUUGGAGUCCGAGUGUGCGAAAGUGGAGGUAAAGUGUGUGCGAGUGUUAGUCACUAGCUCGUCGCACGAGCGCACGUCCUACACCGCCUUGUUGAUGGCAUAGCCUGAUGCUAACAAAGUGCUAGCACCGGAAACAAAAUACUUCCACACUUUUUUUGGACUCACUCAAAUUAAGAGAGUGGGAAAAAUAAGCAAAGGGAAAAUGUAGCAAUUCACGUGGGAAAAAGUCGUGUUUUUUGGUUAGACUUUAUUCCAAAUAGUUGUUGACGCGUCUGGCGGGAGACGAGCGCGGCCCUUUUCUUCCGAAGGCGUUAAAGGGACAAAAACUUUGCCGACUGCAUUGUGUCUGUAAACUUUUGCGACGUAGGCCAAGAAACUGAGCGUCUGCUACACCGAGAGAAAAAUAAAAACACGUUUGUCUGCUUACCACAUGUGACAAGCUGCCGGAAACUCAAAAAAGUACAUCCUGUUUCCAAAUAAACUUUUUUUUCCCAGAAAAC